AUGCCAACCAAGCAGCCGGCCCCGGCCCCGGCCCCGGCCCCGGCCCAGCCCCAGCCGUUGUUGCAGGCCCAAUUGCAGCAGUCCCGCGAUGAGUCUCUGAACACCCUGUUGGCCAUGGUGAACCAGACGCUCGUCGAAACAGGCCGUUUCUUCCGCGCCUCGGGCUCCACGAUGCGCUCGCGUACGCAGCUCAAGCGCGCCGUCCCCCUCGCCCACGAACAGUUCCAGAGGGCGUUGGACGAUUUGUCGGAGCAGAUUUAUAUCGCUAAAGCAUUCCUCGAGCGGGACUAUGAGGCCAUCUUGCAGCGGAAGGCUCUCCUGAGGGUGAGGAACGGCCUGUCGGGGGGUGAUAACAAUGCUGCUACUGCGCAACCGGCGGACGACGGGGGGGUCAAAGGGCGGCACGAAGGAGUGGUGAAUAAUAAUAAUAAUAAUAACAAUAUCGCGCCAUCGCCGCAAGUCCCAGCUCCUACUGCUACUACGUCAACUACCCAACCGAAGCAGCAGGAGCAACAGUCGUCGUCUGGAGAGGCGCAAAUGCAAACGCAGCAGCAAGAUCAAACUCAAGGUCAGAAGCAAGCGUCCGCGAACGGGUCGAACGAGGGGAGUCAUAUGGCGACGCAGUCGUCGGCAUCUGCGCUCCCUCCUCCUAAUGUUAUUGCUACCACUACUGCUGCAGCCUCCGCCAGCAUCGCUGCUCCUACUAUAGACACGGCUCCCGCCAUCAUGGAUUCAAUGGCCUUCGACUCCCUCUUCCCCCAUCCUUCCACCGAUAACAACGAUACCACCACCACCACCACCACCACCACCACCACCACCACCACGACGAACAACAAAGAUAACCAAGACCUACCCAUCUCCUUCACCAUAGACGACGUCAACAUCAACAACAACGAUCCCUCCUCCUCCACCGCCGCCGCAAACCACGCCUUCCUAGGCCUUGGCAUUGAUAGCACCAACCCCAACCCCAACCCCAACCCCAACCCCGAUAACACUAAUAACACCAACAACAAUCCCAAUACCAUAACCAACACAUACCCCCCAGACCCCAACCCCAUAAACCCCCUCUCCGCCCUCCUGCCAGGCCUGGAAAGCUACGCCAGCGCCGUCUCGGCGGACGAGUUCGGCUUUGACGGGCUGGACGACGCGGAUGGCCACGCGACCCAUGGCCGCGGUUUCGAUAGCGGUGGCUUUCUACGUGAAUAUGGAUAUGACUCUGGAUAUUGA